AUUCAGUUGACUGCCGAGAUUCUCACUACCAACUUCGUGCUUUUCCAUCGUGUUGUACAUCCCCAUCUCGAAAACCGUAGCGUACCAAUCCAUUGCAAUGGCGGACCAAACAGACCCCGAUUACUGGACCAAGCAGGUUCUCUUCACAAAGUCUUAUCACCGAGACGUCUACCCUGCUAUUGACCCCAAGAACCCUAGCAACAGUGCCGCAGGAAAAAUCGUCCUUAUUACAGGCGCGAGUGAAGGGCUCGGGAAAGGCAUUGCGUUCGCUUUCGCGGCUGCCGGAGCUGCCGGCGUUGUUAUCACUGCUCGGAGGGACAAGCUGUUGCAAACCACGGCUCAGACUAUUAGAGAAAAAUCCCCCAAGACCGAAGUUGUAGCCGUGGCGUGCGAUGUCACCGACGAAGAGGCCACUAAGAGCCUGUUUGAAAGCAUCAAGCAGAAAUUUGGGAAGCUGGAUAUCGUGGUCGCGAACGCGGGCGGAGUAUCUCAGGGCAAGAGUGCCUUUCCCAAAAUCGGAGACUUCGAGACUAGGGCAUGGUGGAAUGACUUCGAAAUCAACGUUCGAGGAACCCAUCUCACUAGCCACCACUACAUCACCACCUUCGGUCCCCAGGGGACCAUAAUCGGCCUGACGUCCGGCGCUGCUAGUAUAUCAAUCCCGGGAAUGUCCUCCUACAUCAUAGCUAAACUCGCCAUCAUACGCAUAAUGGAGCUUCUGCAUGUCGAGUACCCAGAUCUCCGUACAUUCUCAUUCAACCCGGGUAUCGUUAACACCCCCCAAAUCAUGGACGCAUUUGCACCGUAUGCGCAUGAUACUCCGGAGCUGGGUGGUGCAAUGUGUUGUUGGCUUGCGACUGGGAGGGCGGAGUUCAUGAGGGGGAGGUAUGUGGGAGUGAAUUUUGAUGUAGAAGUGUUAGAGAAGCACAAAGAGGAGAUUGUGGAGAAGAAUCUAUUGAAGACAAAGUUUUUGAAUGUUGAUUUGGGGCUGGAGGGAUAUGCUUUGCUGGAGUGAAGACCUUGGGAGAAGACUGCGGAUAUUGGGAAUGUUGACUGUAGUAUGGAAACCGAAAAGAUGAUUAAUGGUUUCAAAUUCAAGAAAGC